UUUCGAUUUAAAUUCGCAAUCACGUGUUCGAAUUUCAAACGAACUUAUAUUUUUAAAUUGUUAUUGCGUUUUAUUUUUACACCAAAAAUAGAGGUUUACGUUAAAAUGAAUAAAUUGGGAUGUGCACUUUGGUAGCGAGUUUGGAUGCAGUUAAUGUGUAUUAGUGAUGGAGCUAGGUGUAUUGUGUUUGUGUGAGCCAUGAGGGUUGGUUUUGGAUUUUGGAUGCUCAUCUCGACGACAUGACGGCACAGGAGAGAUCAAAUAUUUUUUCGGACGAUGACGAGGACCUGCGACCCAGACAGCAAAGCUUAGGCGGUGUUCUAAGACGCGAGGGUAACUGGAAGUGCUUCUUGUUGACGCUGAUGAUCGCCGGCUGCCUUGGUUCUGUGGUGUGGUGCAACACAGCUGAGAUCGAUCGGGACCUUAUUGAUUUGGACUCGAACCCGAUAAAAAGGACGGUGCGAGAGUCGCCAUGUGACGUCGGUUACGCAUACAUACCCAUCGCAUUUGUCCUGCUGCUGUACUUGGUGUACCUGGUGGAAUGUUACCACAGCACUGCUCGCAUCCAGCUGGCGAGAAGGGUAGAUGUCGCUGCAGUCAACGCCAGGGUUCACUCUAUGAGGACCGCCACGCCAAGGGUUUGGUGGAAAGCAAUAUGCUACCAUUACGUGAGGCGAAAACGGCAAGUCACGCGAUAUCGGAACGGCGACGCGUACACCACGACACAGGUAUACUACGAAAGGGUGAACACACACAGCGCGAGCACAUCUUUCGCGCAUGCGUGUUGCGGCCAACGUGACGCCUCCAGAAAUCUGGUCCUAGACGUAAAGACCCCCAUCACCAAAGUUCGUUUCAGUAAAGGCUUCGCUUUUGCCAACAUCGAAGCUGCUAGUGAAUUUGAAGAUCAAAGAUCAAGAUUCUUCGCCGAACACGAGCGAUUUGAUGACUUUAUGGAAAUGCGUGAAGGGCUUGAUUUGAUUGGAGUUAGUUCUUUCAAGGAAUACAUGGUAGCUUACAGGGAAGCGGAUAGUUGUCCCUGGUAUUCAUCACAACUGCUCUUCUGGACGCUAUCCUGCUUAUUACUCUCGUGGCCCCUUCGAAUUCUCAUAGAGUGCAACACAGCUUAUGUACAUUAUACUAUAACUAAGAUAUUUGGUACAAAUUACGAAUUAGACCCUAGUAGGCAGUUGGACCUUGACACACACCUGUCGGAUACUUUACCGCCGGUGACCGCCACCAACUACUCGUGGGCCCUCGCCGACGAGCAAAGCGCCGUCCUCUGUUCAGCACCCCGUCCACCAAGAACCCUCCCUCUUUCACACGCAUCUACUGUAGACAGCCUCGAACUAUUCGCUGCCAUACGAGGUAACUGUGCCUUAGUACCAUCUUACUCCGAAGCAAUGCGGAUCGACGCAGCUCUGAGAGAAGAGCCCGCUGAAAAUGCCAAUAAUGGUGUCUUAAUAGACAUUGAGACACAGAAUAGGUCGAACAGACCCACUAUAAAAGCGGCAUCUUUUGACGAACCUCCCAGAAGACAUAGGGUUACUAUAGCCGGCACACAUUCGAGUAAUAGUAUUGCAUCUAGUGCUAGAACGAAUGAAGCCAAACAGCAGAACAGAAGAUCUUGGGCGGGAGUGGUUACGACAGCUAGAAGUGCCAGGCAGAUCCUUGAAGAUUUUAGGGCAUCGAAUCCUGUGAAUUAUCAGCCUAUGCCUGAAGCCCAAAACAGAAGAGAAGGAGAGAGUACUCUGUAUUAUUCUAGAGAAUUAUCUCCAACUUGUUCAAGGGACCCUUUUGGUGGUCGCGCACAAACUACGCCCACUGACGAGCCACCUUCGUACGAAGAAGCAUUAAGACUUCCAGCCUUAAGGCGACUUACUAGAUCUAUAACUGGGACCGAUUUAGCAGGUUCUAGAAGAGCCUUUUUAAGGGAUGUUCUUGCAAAUAGAAGAUCAUGUUUGGAAGGUGUCGGGGUACUGUCCGAAGCUAAGGUGGUUAGGCUACCUUACAGCGAAUCGGGGGAUGAGACGCCGCUAUAGCGAUU